UGUUUGUGUUUUUGUAGUUUGCUACACACAGCUAACCCGUGUAAUAUGCCAUAGUUCACCUCAGGUGCCAGUAGUAUAUCACAGAAAGCAGCAGUUGCUGCCCUAGGUCUUGGCUAUGCUGGUGGAGAGGCAGUUUCUAUUAUGGUGAAAGCAUUCAGGGAGCGACGAGAUUUCUUGGUCAAAAGCUUUGGUGAACUUUCUGGUGUUAAAAUUUCAGAACCCAAGGGAGCUUUCUAUCUCUUCAUUGAUGUCAGCUCUUACUACGGAACAGAGGCUGAAGGAUUUGGUAAAAUUGAGAAUUCGGAGUCCCUAUGCCGUUACCUACUUGACAAGGGUCAGGUUGCACUAGUUCCAGGGGAUGCAUUUGGAGAUGAUACCUGCAUACGAAUAUCCUAUGCAGCAUCCCUCACAACCCUGCAGGCAGCUGUGGAGAGAAUUAAGAAAGCACUCUUCGCACUAAAGUAAAGCCUGUCUUCCACGUUUAAAUUAAGCAAAAUCAUUACUGAUAAUGUUGCAACUGUUGUACUUCGGUGUAAAUCCGCACUCUAUUAAUUGUUUCGAAACUAAGCAUAAGUUGGUCCUGUAGGGGACAGUCUAAAAUAAUUUUUCCGGUGCUGUAUUCAACAGUAAUGCAAUCAAAGGCGUAUGUUCCUUUUUUUUUUUUUUUUUUUGGGUUAAAUGAAAGGUGUAUGUUGAAUUGUAUUUUAAGGAUUCUAAACUCAUUUUUGGGAAUGGUCUUCUCUUAGAAACUA